CUACUAUCCAUCCCCAAAUUGAGAGCAACAGAGAGAACCCCAUAAUACCGCAAUCUUGAAUCAAAUUAUCAAUGAGGGUGCAAAAUCAAAUAAUUCAACCACUGAUUGAGCAUAUGCAAUUGACACAGUGGAAGAAAAGAAGAAGAUAUAAUAUUGUCCGUUGCAUCCAGAUCCAGUCACAAUGGCCGACAAGUCUAAUCUUCCUGGAAACAAUAACCCAAUAGAUUCCCGAUCCAAAACCCACCCAUCGACAAAAGCAUCGAUCGAUGAUCUGUGUUCCUGUGUCUCGUUUCUGUACCCAGCUCCACACAAAACCCGCCGACUAUGGGGAAAAAGUCUACCUGGCCAGUACUUAACAUCAUCGGAGUCACGGAGCUCUGCAACAACACUAGCGCGAUGGCGAACCCGAACACCGAGAAAGCCACGACGAAGUAGAACAAAUAAACCUCGCAGAACGCGAGCCAGCUCUUCCGACGCCCUCCUCUCGCCCCGUGGUGGUGGUGAUGCCAUAUAUGUCAAUUGCAUAUGUUCAAUCAGCGGUUGAAUUAUUUGAUUACGCACCCUCAUUGAUAGUUUGAUUCAAAGAUUGGGGUCUUAUGGGGUUCUCUCUGUUGCUUUCAAUUUGGG